AAAAAAUACAAUCACACCAUGGCAUUAUAUUUAUGAAAAAAAAUGUGUAAGAGAAUAAUUCGACCAACCGUAUUUCAUAUAAUGCCAAAGGCUAUCAUUGUUGUUGAUGAUGAUGAAUCAAAAUCAACAUCAACAUCAACAUUAACAUCAUCGAUCAUAUCAAAAUUCAUUGGCCAUAAUGUGAUAAUGUUAUUGAAUGAAAUGGUUAGCCAAUUUAUAUUGGUGAAUUUAUAUUCAUCAUCAACAGGAAAAAUACUGCCAUCAAUGCCAUCAUUACGACAAAUCAUUCAUCAACUGGCCUCUGGCCAUUACCGUCAUUAUAAUCAUAAUCAACUGAAUAUAUUUUCUACAAUUCAUUAUCAUAUUAUUUUGCCAUUUUUGCUUUAUAUUUUAUUAUUGAUCCAAAUUCAGAUUCCAUCUACCGAACCGAUGUGGAUUAUUGAUAAUACCAGCUAUAAUGCUAUAAUCAAUGGUGAGAUAGCAUUGCCUUGUAAUAUAACAUCACCAUCAUUUGAUGAUGGUGUAUCAUUGGUACUUUGGUAUCGUGAUGAUAUUGCUACACCAAUUUAUACGGUCGAUGCAAGACAAUCAUCAUCAUUGGAACGUGCACAACAUUUUCUACAUACAGAUAUAUUUGAUCAACGUGCAACAUUUAAUAUUAGCUAUCCAUUAGCAUUUUUAUUGAUCAAACAUGUACGACCAAAUGAUGGUGGUGAUUACCGGUGUCGUGUAGAUUUUCGUCGUGCUCGUACUGUGAAUCGUAUACUUAAAUUAACCGUUAUCGUUCCGACAAGCUCUGUUAUUAUUUAUGAUCAAAAUUUUACCAUCAUCGAUAAGAUUGCCGGCCCAUUUGAAGAGGAUUCCACACAAAGCCUUAUCUGUGACUCAAGUGAAGGAAAUCCUUUACCGGUAGUACAUUGGUGGCGUGGUUCGAAUCUAAUCGAUAGUGAAUAUUAUAUCAUCAAUAAUAGUAUAUCAAGAAAUGUGCUUACAUUAAAUAAUUUAAGCCGUGAUGAUCUACAAUUAUCUCUUACAUGUCAAGCAUAUAAUACAAAUCUAACUGUGCCUAUUGUCAAGACAAUCACAUUGGAUCUUUAUUUAAAACCAAAAGAAAUACGAAUAAUUACACCUAUGAAUAAUAUAACGACAACGACAACGACGACGACAACAGCAACACCCAUUGAAUUAGCAUGUCAAUGUUCAGGAUCAAGACCAGCGGCUAAAAUUAAAUGGAAAAAACAUCAUCAUCAUCAUCAACAUAAAAAUGGAAACGAUGAUGAUGAACAACAAGAAUGGUUGGAUGCCUAUACACAGAUUAUAUCCAAUGAUGGCCUAACAACAACUAGUUUUCUUUCAUUUGUGCCUUCAAUCGAUGAUAAUGGUAAAAAUAUUACCUGUAUCGGUUAUAAUCCUCAAAUAUCACAAUCGAAAUAUUCGAUCGAAAAUUCUUGGCUAAUCAAUAUAACAUAUGCUCCGAUUCUUUCACUAAUCAUGGGUUCAGAUUCGCAAUCACAGGAUAUUGUCGAAGGAAGCAACGUUUAUUUUGAAUGUGAUAUAAAGGCCAAUCCAUAUGUCACCACAUUUGGAUGGAAACUUAAUGGACAAAUACUUGAUAUGCUCAAUAUUAGCACAUGGACAACAACAAAGACGACAACAUCAUCAUCGAAUUCGAUGAAAAAAGCAUCAUCGACAAUCAUCAUUGAUGGUGUUGAAAUGCGAAAUACAUCAUUGUUGGUUACAAAUGUAAAUCACGAACAUUAUGGCCAUUAUCAAUGUUUUGCUAGUAAUCGUAUUGGAUCUAGCCAAAGUGAAUCCGUUUUUCUUAAUGUUAAAUAUACGCCAAAAUGUAAACAUAAAACAAUCGUUGACAUUGGUGUUGCUAUCGAUGAAACGGUUACCAUUGAAUGUCAAGUGUUGGCUAAUCCAGUUAAUGUUCGUUUUGAAUGGUGGAUGGAAUCAUGGCCAUCAUCAUCAUUAUCAAAUGAUUCAAAUAAUUAUAAUGAUGGCUACAGCAAUAAUAAUCAUACGGCAGAUAUCAAACGAAUGAAAGUGAAAACUAUCACAUCAUAUACUAGUGUUGGUUUACAAAGCAUAGCUAAAUAUCGUACAGCUAGCCAAAACGAUUAUGGACAUCUAUAUUGUCGUGCAACUAAUCUGGUCGGUCGACAAGAUAAGCCAUGCGUUUUUCAUAUCAUCAAAGCCGAAGCGCCAAGCCAUCCACACAAUUGUUCAUUGGUGAAUAAAACGGCACAUUCAUUGACGGUAGAAUGUUCACCCGGUUAUAGUGGUGGACUUGAACAAACAUUUUUUCUUCAAGUAUAUUCUUUGAAUCCUAAUCGUUUAUUGAAAAAUUUGAGUAAUACACAACAACCAUAUUUUUCAAUCGAUGAUCUACCGGCCGGUUAUUUAUUCAAAUUGGUCAUCUAUUCAUCUAAUCGUAAAGGAACAUCUAAAUCGAUUGAAAUUACCGGUAGUACUACUGAACCAUCGCCUUGGAAAUCUGCCGAAUAUCCGGCAAUGGAUAUUUCAUCAACAUUAACACCAUUUGCCUUGGUGAUAAUCGUGAUAGUGAUCAUUGUGAUAUUAUUCAUCACCAUUUUGGUCCAUAUUCGUAAUCGUAUUAAAGGUCGUAUGCGAACCGUAAUACAAACGAAUGAUUCCCAUCAUCAUAAACCGGCCAAUAUAACUCCGAAAUCCAUUAUGAAAAAACAAAAAAGUUGGGAUAUUACAGCAUCCAAUGUUUUGACGACAACAGCAUCCGUUAUGGACAGUACAAACAUGGGGGCCACGAUGAAUGGUCAUAUUGUACAUAAUGGCCAUGGUCACAAUAAUAAUAAUAAUAAUAAAAAUGAACAAGAUUCAAUAUUGAAUAAUCUAACAACAUUCAAUGUUGUUGAAUGUUUAGAUAAUGAUCAGAAUUAUGGCCAUAAUCAUUAUAUUUCGACCAUAACGAUUGAUACGGCGAGUCAUCCGGAUAAUUCUAUUAAUCAUCAUCAUCAUCAUCAUAAUCAUCAAACUGUGCCUUAUGCUUUUGUGCCUUCAUCAUCAUCGACAACAACAACAAAUACUAAUACCGAAUUCUAUACAAUGGAUCCAAUGGGUAAAAAUCUAGUCACCGAUUGUGAUCAAACUAAUUCAUCAUUGUCGGUCAUAUUGACACCACCACCACCACCACAUCAUCAUCAUCUUCAGAUUCAUAAUCAUCCAUCGCAUCAUCAUUUUAUGGCAUCAAAUUAUCAUGAAAAUGAAACCGGUACCAUUGAUACAUUGUUACAACCAUUGAACAAUGCUUUACAACAGCGACAACAAUCAAACAUUGACAAUUUUAAUGGUACAUUUGAAACGGAUUGUUCAUUUACACCAUUACCAUCACAACCACCGUCAACCGAAACGAUAACAGCGAAAAAAGUGGAAAUAAUUUCUUGAAUUAAACAAUAUAUACCUGGUGGUGAAAAUGGUAAAAAUUAAAUUACCUGCAAAAAGCUAUAAUUGUAUAACAAGAUUGGGUCUAACCCGGAACAAUAAUAUCCGAUAAUUGAAUUUUUGGACAAAAUAUGGCCGGUUAUCGAAUUCGUAGAAGACAAUUUUUUUUCUCUUGAUUUUCAAUUGAUGAUUUUAACCAGUAUCCAGGAUCAAUCCAAAUAAUAAUGAUGAUGAUGACAAUAUGGCUAUGAGAGUUUUUAUCGAAUUGAAUAAUCAGAAUCAGAAUCUUUCAUUACACAAAUCAAUACUAUUUGCCAUUUGUUAUAUUUCAACCAGGAAUAUUUUCGAAAUCAAAGAUUCAGAGUCCAUUCAUCAUUCAUCAAUUGAAAAUUGUUGUGAUACAAUUCUGGUGAAUUAGUGAAAAGAAAAAAAAAAAUGAAUGAAUGUUCGGUGUCAGAAGAACACAUUAUCAGAAUAAAAAAAACGCUUGAACGGAAAAAGAAUUUUCGGAUGGAUAACGUUAGAAAAAAUAUAAAUGAAUAAAAAAACUACCACCGCAUCGUCAAACAUCGAAAACAUUUUCUUCAUAUUUAUAAAUUGAUCCAACAGCAGCAGCAGCAGCAGCAGUUUUUUUUUGCCAUCACUGUAUUUUUCUUUUCUUCUUCUCAAUGAUUUCAAUCAUUCAAGCACAAACACAUAAUCGAUAUACACCAUACACACGAAGAAAAAAAUUUUUUUUUUUCUGGAAACUGAAAACAAAAAUGAAAGCAUAACAUUUUUAUUAUUGUUAACACUAUGCACUCUAUUACAUACAUACACACUCACAAACCAAUACACAUAAAACAAACUUCACUUGAUUUUAAGCAAUGUAUAUUUUCAGGAAAACAUUCCACUUUCCCUAUACGAAUUAUUAUCGUCAAGAAAACAUUACCGUCAUAAUCAAUGAAUGACUGAUGGAUAGAUGGAUGGGUGUAUGGUUAGUUAGUUU